AUGAAUCUCCGUAAUAACCUUUUUGGCCAAGGGCCAAAAGCAUCAAAAGGGGAACAACAACCAGCAGGUUAUGGCAGAGCUCCAGCAGUUCCACCGCGAGAAGACACUGCCAUGGGUGGCUACGAUGAUCCGAGGGGAGGGUAUGGAGGACGUCCAGAAAAGUCUCCUAUGACCUCUCCGAGACAAGCUAUGCCGAUGAGACAAUCUGCUGGUGGCAGAGGUCCAAUGUCACCCAGGAAAGCGCAACUCAAUAUUGCCAAAAUCGAUGAUAAAACAAAGGCAAACCAAUUCAUUUUUAGCAACUUGUCCGCAGUUUCUCCUAUGGACUUCCUACCCAACCAGGACGGAUCAGAUAUAUAUCUCAUGUUGAAUGGCAUGAAUGUGGUUACUGCAAGACCCUUGGAUAGUUUUCCUCCAGGAUGCAUAAGUUUAUCGGAUCCACAACGAACAUGGUGUAAUGUUGGACUGAUGGAUCGAAUAGUCGCCGAAACAUAUGAUCCUUUCCAUCAAGGCCCACAAGCUUACCUUGGUGCCCUCGACGUCGAGGUUGGGUUUGCUUCGGCAAAGAAGUUCACAGAUGUACCUUAUGACCAAGAUGAACUGGCCAGCGUGUUUAUCAAGUGGUUCGAGAACCAAGUCUUCGCCCCCGGUCAAAGGUUGCUGAUGGAUCAUAAGAACGUCCCUUUGUCGUUUCUUGUGAAAACAGUUCAAUUAGCUGACCUGAGUAUGGACCAAAAUGCUGCACCAUCUCCCACUGUCAGCGCUCCACAAGCUCGGGGUAUCUUGGUGAGGACGACCCCCAUUACGUUCUACAAGGAUGCAAAAUCGCCCAUUAAGCUGAAGGGAUCAAGUAAGCGACCAGCCGCUAAUUCUAUCAUUGCGCCGGACUUCAAAUUCGAAAAUAUGGGUAUUGGUGGUCUAGAUACAGAGUUCAGUGCUAUUUUUCGAAGAGCUUUCGCUUCUCGUAUCUUCCCCCCUGGCCUGAUAGAAAAAUUGGGUAUUCAGCACGUGAAGGGUAUCCUUCUAUUUGGGCCUCCGGGUACCGGAAAAACGCUUAUUGCUCGCCAAAUCGGAAAGAUGUUGAACUCAAGAGAGCCCAAGGUCAUUAACGGACCCGAAGUACUUAAUAAGUACGUUGGUCAAUCCGAGGAAAACAUCCGAAAGCUCUUUGCCGAUGCCGAAAAGGAGUACAAGGAAAAGGGAGACGAGAGUGGUCUCCAUAUCAUCAUUUUCGACGAAUUGGAUGCUGUAUGCAAACAGAGAGGAAGUGGUGCUGGCGGUGGAACUGGUGUUGGAGACAGUGUCGUCAAUCAACUGUUGUCUAAACUGGAUGGUGUUGACCAGCUCAAUAAUAUUCUUCUUAUUGGAAUGACCAAUCGUAUGGAUAUGAUCGAUGACGCUUUACUUCGACCUGGACGUUUGGAAGUUCACAUGGAAAUCUCUCUGCCAGACGAAGCCGGCAGAGCACAAAUCCUUAAGAUUCAUACUUCUAAAAUGUUACAGAACGAUGUCAUGGAUACCGAUGUCAACCUCGCUGAACUCGCUCACCUGACCAAGAAUUUUUCGGGGGCUGAAAUUGGCGGUCUCGUUAAAUCAGCCUCAUCAUUUGCUUUCAAUCGACACGUUAAAGUUGGGACCGUAGCAGGUGUCAGCGACGAUAUUGAAAACAUGAAGGUAAAUCGGGACGAUUUUAUGCAUGCCCUCGAAGAAGUCAAGGCCGCUUUUGGUGUGUCUGAAAAAGAACUUGAAGGCGCCAUGGCAGCAGGUAUCUUACCCUUUAGCAGGCACAUUGAUACAAUUCUCAAAGAUGGCCGUCAGUUCGUAGAUUUCGUAAGAGACUCACAGUCUAUCCUCUCGGUUCUCCUUCAUGGACCUCCAGGUUCUGGUAAAACUGCCCUUGCAGCAGCCAUUGCCAAAAGUUCAGAAUUUCCUUUUAUUAAGCUUGUUUCCGCCGAGAAUAUGGUUGGUUUUGGUGAUGCGCAAAAGAUUCAAUAUCUCGACAAAGUCUUCAUGGACGCAUACAAAUCUCCUCAAAAUAUUGUUGUUAUAGACAAUAUUGAGCGUAUUAUAGAAUGGGUUCCUAUCGGUCCCAGAUUUUCGAACGCGGUUCUACAAGCCCUUAUGGUCCUUCUCACUAAACAGCCACCAAAUCAACGUCGUCUCUUAAUCAUAGGUACUACCUCCCAACAUAGCGUCCUCGAACAACUCGGUCUCCGCUUCGACCGUGAAUUCGCCGUUCCCAACGUCAAUACUUUUAGCGAGUUAGCGACCGUCUUGCGAGAAGUCCAGGCGUUCGAUAACGAAGGUGAUUUGCAAGAGUCGUUGAACCAAUUAAAACAGUAUACGGAGAACGAUAGUGUCGGUGUUGGUAUUAAGAAUGUGCUUUCGGCGGUUGGGCAGGCGAAGCAGGAGAAGGGCGGUAUUCCGGCAAAGUUUGCGGAUAUUAUGGAACAGUUGAUUGCUAGUGAGAGGGGUAGGCAUUAUGCACUAUAA